AUGACAAUAACACACCCGGUUUAUAAAGAGAUUGCAGCUAAGAAAAGAUCUAUUCGUGACAAGAAGUUUAACCCUGAAUGGUUAAUUCCACAACACGAACUACCAGCAGAUGAAGUUACUGAUGUUUUAAACUGGAUUAAAAAGACGAAUCAUUUAACACCAAAGGAAAUCCUUAUAACCGAAUCAAAAGCAGUUGACAUAGUCAAUAAUAUCAAAUCACAAACCUGGACAUCAUUAGAAGUCGCAUUAGCAUUUUGUCACCGUGCUUCAAUUGCUCAUCAAUUGACAAACUGUUUGACAGAAAUUUUCUUUGAUGAAGCGAUUAAGAGAGCCAAAGAAUUGGAUCAUUACCAAUUGGUUUCACCAGGUGGAGGUAAACUUGUUGGACCAUUGCAUGGCUUACCUGUUUCCUUAAAAGACAAUUUCAAUGUUAAGGGCCAUGGUACAACUUUAGGUAUGGUGAAUUUUUGUUUUAAUCCACAACAAGUUGAGUAUGAUUCGACAUUGGUGGAAAUGCUACGCCAAUUGGGUGCAAUUUUAUAUGUAAAAACAAAUGUUCCCGUGGCCAUGAUGAUGCCUGAAACCACAAAUCAUGUUUGGGGCAGUACUGUCAACCCAAUGAAUCGAUUAUUAAGCUGUGGUGGUUCACUGGGUGGCGAAGCGGCAUUAAUUAAGUUGAAAGGCUCGCCAAUUGGUAUUGGACUGGAUAUUGGCGGAUCCAUUCGUAUCCCGGCAUCCUUCCAAAAUUUGUAUGCUAUUAAACCCUCUUUUGGCAGAUUUCCUACGUUUGGGACUCGUUCAGGUUUGCCAGGGUUGGAAUCCGUCAACAGUGUAAAUGGCCCAAUUUGUGAUAAUCUUGAUGAUUUAGAGUUUUACUGCAAGACAAUAAUCGAUGCUAAGCCGUGGUUGAGUGAUGCUAAAUGUGUCGAAAUUCCUUGGCGACAAAUUGAAUUUGGCAAUAUCCUGACUGAUAGAGUAACAAUUAAUGGCAACACUGCUUUACCACAAGAAUCUCCAAAAUUGAAUAUUGCCAUAUUAAUGGACGAUGGAUUUGUCAGACCAACUCCUCCAAUACGCCGUGGAAUGGAAAUGGUGACCGAAGCAUUAAAGAAAGAAGGCCACCAUAUAAUUGAAUGGGAUCCUCAGGAUCAUGUUCGGUUGUCAGAAAUCAUUGGGCAAUUUUUCGUUAGUGAUGGAGGCCAUCACGUUUUGGAAGAAACUACUGUGGUCAGUGAACCAUUUUUCCCUUAUAUGGAAAACUAUGGAACUAGUAAAGACAUUCCGGUGUCUCAACUAUGGAAAUUGCAACGUGAAAGAACAAUUUUGAUCGAUAAAUAUCUUAAACGAUGGAAUGCCACUGCUGAUUCUACUUCUAAUGGGAAUCCAAUUGAUGCUAUUAUUAUGCCUGCUACCCCAUUUGCUGGUAAUCCAUUAGGGAAAUUUCCUACAUAUGUUGGCUACACUUCUCCAUUUAAUGCUCUUGAUUAUACAGUUGGUGUGUUCCCAGUGACCAGGGUUGAUAAAACUGUAGAUGUUGUUGAUGAAGCUCCUGGGAAUUACAAUGAUAUUGAUGUCCAGGUCUGGAAAGACUAUGAUCCCGAAGAGAGUCAUGGUGGUGCUGUUGCCUUACAAUUGGUCGCAAGAAGAUUUGAAGAAGAAAAAGUAAUAGCUAUGAUGAAGAUCAUUUCAAAGUUAAUUAAUUAUACUGAUUAA